GUCAUCGUUAUUUUUCAACAGAAUCACACAAAAAGAAAACGGAAAUAAAUAAAUCAGAGUCAAAUGGGAAUUGAAGGUUUUUGAUAAAUACGAAGAACAAUUUCAAUUAGGGGUUUAUAAGAAAACAAACCUGAAGCUCCUUCAAUGGCGGAAGAAGAGAACCUAACUUCACCGGAACCUCCUCUUCCUUCUCUGCCGCGAUCUCCAUCCCAACCCGAAGAUCCGCCGCCGGAAACUUCUACUCGUCCGGCAAAAUUCGAUCCUAGUCGAAUGAUUGGGAUCAUCAAAAGGAAGGCUUUGAUUAAGGAUUUAGCUGCAGCUUACCACACCGAGUGUCUUGCUUAUUGCCGAGAACUUCUGGAGCUGCAAAAGAGAAAGAACGAGCCGUUCCUGGACACAAAAGCUUCAGAAGAUCUGAGGAAAGAGACGCUGAGGUCAUCAUCUUCAAAACGAGCUAAGAGAAAACGUUAAAAGAAACAACGCUUACAUCUACGAGGGUAUUAUGACGUUCAUAGAUCGUUGUGUUGAAAAAAAAUUGAAACUUUUAUUUGAUUAUCUAAAUUAUAUACAGCAUUUACAAAUUUGAAUCACCCUUUUUUUAAAAGACAUCUCUUAACUAGACCGGGCGAAAAUCCGGUAAACCGGUCUGAGACAAUCAACCGCAGCAACCGCCUGAUGCUUAGCCUUCAAACAGAAUCUCUGAAACCAGUUCGUGUCAGGAGCUGAGACAAUCAUGGAAGAUUGAAGAUACAUCGAAGCUGCUCUUUUCACGAGCUCGUUUCUAAUGGCGAUGUUAGAAGAAUCCAUCUCGGACAAGAGAAACCCUUCUUGUGAAGGAAAGCAUUGUUGGUGCUGACAAAACAACGAACCAAAGCCAUCGGAACUCGAGAUCACAUCUUUCAAGCUCGUGUACCGGAGACUAUUGUGAUCAUUGUCGUCGGAGAUAAAGAGGAAGGGUGGUUUUUGCAACAUUUGGAAACCUUGUCUCCAUAUUCGUAGUAGAAUUUAAAUGGUGGGGAGACUAAUAGAGUUAAAUAUCUUCCCCUGUUUUUUUAGACGAUCGGUGAUGCCUUCUAUUUAGCCAGAAUUACCGGAAAGGCCCUUCAUUUUUGAGGACAUUCCACUUUUAGACCGCAUAUAAAGGAAGCGAAGGUCCGAGGACUUUCCACUUUUAGACCGCAUAUAGAAGAACCGUACUAAACCAAACCAACGUUAUAAACCGAAACUCAACCAGGUCCUUUGGUUUUCUAGAAGUUUUACAUUACGGCCCAAAAGACAGUGGGUCUUAGUUCGUACAUUCUUGUCCAAGGAUCCAUAAUUCAUAACAAUUAUUUCGCCUCCCUUAA